ACGUGUUUGUGUUUGUCUCCCCGCCCUGACGGUCCUGACAGCUAACCGACUCUGCGGCACACACACGGAGCGGCACGUUAGCUAAACACUAAAAUGAGGGAGAACAGUGUGCCCCGAAUUUUUAUAAUCAUCUUAUGUGCGCUGGUUUUUGUGGCCGUUUUAGUAAUUAACGGUCUUGCUGGAGCGGGCAGAGGUCCCUUCCAUUCUUCAACAGGCAAUGUGUCGGCCCGCUAUGAGACAGAUCUCACUCCAGCUGGCUGGACCUUCUCUAUCUGGGGUGUUAUCUAUACCUGGCUCACCCUGAUGGUCAUAUACAUCACUUUAUAUGCUUUCAGAGGAUCCUGGGCCCAGUGUCUGCUGCCAUAUGCCUUCUAUUUUUGCUGGCUGGCCAACAUGGUGAUGAACAUGAUAUGGCUAGUGCUGUGGGACAGAGAGUUGAUGCUGGCGGCUCUGGUUGUAUUAAUCCUGAUAUCAAUUACCAACUACUGCGCCUUGUUCUUCUGUUGCUUUGCCACAGAUUACUAUGGACUCUGGUUACAGACUUACUAUCCCAAAGACCUGGCCUGUCUCAGAAUACUGGUCCAGAAUGGUUUGGCUCUCUACACCACUUGGACAUCCAUCGCUUCUCUCAUCAACUUCUCAUUGGUUCUCCACAUGUGGGGUGUGGUCAGGAGCACAGCAGCAACAGCCUCUCUUUGCAUCCUGUUUGCUGAGCUGGUGGGAUGGUUUAUCCUCGAGAACUGGGUGCUGGACCGCUGGGUGCGUAACAUCCUGACAGUCUACCCUGUGGUGAUUGUGGCUCUGGUCGGAAACAUCUUCAGACAUUUUGACCCAGCUGACCCCACUCCGAAUUCUGUCUUCACUGUUGUAAUGCUGGUGUUAGCAUGUGUCCUGCUGGUGUUCCGAGUCUGUAACGUCAUCUGGAGAAACAUGUGGCGGCCCCUCCACUCGCCAGGCUCAGCACGGCUGCUGGUAUCACCCCUCGACGGCAGAAAAUUCAAGAUCCUAUCUUAAACAGUAGGAAUGUGUACGUUACCUCCCGUCCCUGCUGUAUACACUUUGAUUGACAUGGUUCACACAAGCCACUGUUAGGUUCAGGGGGGGAAUUUGCCACUUUUGAUAUGGAGUUUUACACUCGUUAAGGUGUUCAACUGGUAAUUGAUUUGCCUAAACAACAUGGAUGAGAAGUGCAUUUCUUUCAAUGGACGGUUUGAAAUUGGUUGAAAAAGAAAACAAAGGACAGAACAGAGAGGUGUUUACAGAUCAAUGGGAAGGCAUGAAAACCUCUUCAUGAGCUGCAAUGCUGACAUUCUGAAACACUGUUUUUAAAAUGAAAAUCAUCAAUGUAAAACUACUUCUAAUUACCAGUAUUAUUGUCUAUAUGUAAAGUACUUUAUAUACAAACACAUACAAGUGAUUUGACAACCACUGUUCUGUAUUACUAUUUUUAAAGCAGUUAUAUUGUUGCAUUCUUGGCUUUUUUUUAUUUUGUAUUCAUACAGUGGCAGCAGACUAUAGACUAUCAAUAUCUGUCGGCACUCUGACGAUAUCAUUUUACUAAGCAAACAGUAAUCUUUUUAAAAGUACCUUGAGCUUUGUUUGAUUCAUUUCAUUUGCCAAUAAAAUUUCUCAGAUCUAA